AUGUUGAAAAGCAAUAAAAAUUUAAAUAUUGCUAAAAAUGUAUUUUCAAGAAUAUCUAAAGAUAGUUUUUUAAAAAAAGAAAUAAAAAUAUUUCAAACAAGUUGUAGCAAUCUUUGUAAUACGACGUCAUCUUCAUUAGUUCUAGUAAAUCCUUAUAAAUUAUGCUUUAAGAAGGUGGAUGAAAAGAUAGAAAGUAUUUUACGAAUGUCUUCUAAUGAUCAAGGAAAGUCGAACAAUGACAAAAAUAGUGAAUCUAAAGAUGAUCAAUCUAAACCAAAUGGUCCUAGAAAGUUGACGAAAGGAGGAAAAAUUUUAAUUCUUUCAACUGUAUUUUUGUUUUUUUUAUCGCAAUAUUUCAAAACAAGAUAUGUUAGAGUUAUAUCUUACAAUGAAUUUGUAGAUAAAAUUUUACCUUCAGGUUGUAUUCAAGAGAUUACUAUUUCACCAAGAGCAAAAAUUGCAUAUGUUAUUACAUCUCUUGAUUCUAAGUCACCUAAUGGUAUGUAUGGAAAUCAAAUAUAUAUGAUUGGUGUUAAUGAUACUAUUAAAUUUGAAAAUAAUAUUAGGAGAUAUGAACUAGAACAUGGUAUUAAUCCUACUGAAGGAAUUACAAUAAAAUAUGAUAGAAUUGACAAUUAUUUUCCUUUAAUUUCUACUUUAAUUAUUUUUGGAAUUAUUAUUUUUGCUAGCAUUAAGAUGCGAAAAACUUUUAAAAACCUUAAUAUAAGUUCAAGUUCAUUAUUACCAAAACUUAAUAUAAAAGUGUUGGAUCCCAAUGAUAAAGCAAAAGGUCUUAAUAUUAGGUUUAAAGAUGUAGCAGGUCUCCAUGAAGCUAAAGUAGAGGUAAUGGAGUUUCUUGAUUAUUUAAAGAAUUCUUCUAAAUAUACAGCGCUUGGAGCAAAGCUUCCAAAGGGUGCUAUUUUAACUGGUCCACCUGGUUGCGGAAAAACUUUAUUAGCAAAAGCUCUUGCUACAGAAUCUAAUGUUCCUUUUCUUAAUGUAAAUGGAUCGGAAUUUGUUGAAAUGAUUGGUGGCUUAGGAGCAGCACGAGUUCGUGAUUUAUUUAAAGAAGCAAAAAAAAAAGCUCCAUGUAUUAUUUAUAUUGAUGAAAUUGAUGCUAUAGGAAAAAAGAGAGAUGGUAAUGGAUCUUUUUCUAGUGGAAGUGAAAGUGAGAGGGAGCAAACUCUUAAUCAACUUCUUGUUGAAAUGGAUGGUAUGAAUUCAACAAAGGAGAUUGUCUUACUUGCUAGUACCAAUAGAUUAGAUGUUUUAGACAAAGCAUUACUAAGACCUGGAAGAUUUGAUAGGCAUAUUUCUAUUGAUAUGCCAACAGUUUUAGAAAGAAAAGAAUUAUUUGAACUUUAUUUAAAAAAUAUAAAAUUAGAUAAAAGUCCAAGUUUUUAUUCUGGAAGACUUGCACAAUUAACAGCAGGUAUGAGUGGAGCAGACAUUGCAAAUAUUGUUAAUGAAGCUGCUAUUAAUGCUGCAAGUAACAAAAAAAAUAUUAUAACAGAAAAGGAAAUUGGUUAUGCUUUAGAUAGGGUUAUUGCUGGACCAGCAAAAAAAAGUCAAACACUUGUUCAAGAAGAAAGAGAAAUUGUUGCCUACCAUGAAGCUGGUCAUGCAUUAGUUGGAUGGUUAUUAAAACAUACUGAUGCUCUUCUUAAAGUUACUAUUAUUCCAAGAACAUCAGCAGCUUUAGGUUUUGCUCAAUACUCACCUCGAGAUAAAAAAUUAUUUACAACAGAAGAGUUAUUUGAAAGAAUGUGUAUGAUGCUUGGAGGUAGAGCAGCAGAAAAUAUAUAUUUCAAUAGAAUAACAACUGGUGCUCAGAAUGAUUUAAAAAAAGUAACAGACCAAGCAUAUGCACAGGUUAGAAUGUUUGGAAUGAGUGAAAAAAUAGGACCAUUAAGUUUUCCACCUGAUGAUUCAAUGGGUAAUCCUGAAUUUGCCAAAAAACCUUAUGGAAAAAUUUUAGCAAGACUUAUUGAUGAUGAAGCUAGCAAAUUAGUUGGAAAAGCAUACUUUACAACAGAAAAAUUGAUAAGAGAUAAUUUUGAUAAAUUAGACAUUUUGGCAAAAGAAUUAUUGGCAAAAGAAUCAUUGACAUAUGAUGAUGUUAAAAAAUUAAUAGGCCCUCCACCAUUUGGUGAUAAAGAUGUCGUUGAGAUGCCUGAACAAAUAGUUAACUAUAAUAUAUUAGGCCAUCAAUAA